UAAGUGUGGUUAGAGCUACCUGCAGUCUUGGCCGCUCGAAAGAAGGGAGAGAGCAAGGGGAGGAGUGAGGACAGUUGCGGGACAGGUAGCUCCUUCCUGGGGCCUGACAGUGUGGGAAGGAUCCCCUUCCUUACAAACAGUACCUUCCAUGAUGAAUGGAAUGAGGUGGUGGUGCCCUUGCCAAUUUUCACUCUGAAGAUGAAGCCAACAGGCAGUGAGAAGAAUGAACAGCUUGGACAGAGGACAGCUUUUCUCCUUUUAAAGUUGCUCUUCACGUCCUGAUGGGAUGGAGGUCCUCCAGGUAGCUCCCUGGGCUCCCACACAUCCACUGGAGGACUGCAUGUGAGCCAAAAGCUGCAUUGCCUGAACAGGAAUGAUUCGUAGAAGAUUAGAAAACGUCCACAGCUGGACUUCCUCUGGAAUGCCAGGGGGACGCAUGGAUGUUACCUUGGAUCAGGUGGAUGCAGCUGGUGUCUAGACGCCCUCCUGACCACAGCUGUGUGGCACAAGCGGCACCCAGUGUAGCAGGAACCCACAGGCAUGGCUCUUGAGAUGCUCCUGUGUCCAAGCCCUGGGAGCUGCUUGCUGUUGCUGGUGGCCCUUGCCAGCUCUGAAGCAGCUUCUGACUUGAAUGAAUCUGCAAAUUCCACUGCCCAAGAUGCACCAAACGCCUGGUUUGCUGCUUCCAGGACAGAGCCAGAUGAAAGGAUUUCUGUGUUUGAGCUGGACUAUGAUUACGUGCAGAUUCCUUAUGAGGUCACCCUCUGGAUACUUCUAGCAUCUCUUGCAAAAAUAGGCUUCCACCUCUACCACCGGCUGCCACACCUCAUGCCCGAGAGCUGCCUGCUCAUCCUGGUGGGCGCCCUGGUGGGCAGCAUCAUCUUCGGCACCGACCACAAGUCGCCCCCCGUCAUGGACUCCAGCAUCUACUUCCUCUACCUGCUGCCACCAAUUGUGCUGGAGAGCGGCUACUUCAUGCCCACCCGGCCCUUCUUCGAGAACCUGGGCUCCAUCCUGUGGUGGGCGGGCCUGGGCGCCCUCAUCAAUGCCUUAGGGAUUGGCUUGUCCCUCCACCUGGUGUGCCAGGUGCAGGCCUUCGGCCUGGGCGACCUGCACCUGCUGCAGAACCUGCUCUUCGGCAGCCUCAUCUCGGCCGUGGACCCGGUGGCCGCGCUGGCUGUGUUCGAGGAGGCGCGGGUCAACGAGCAGCUGUACAUGAUGAUCUUCGGAGAGGCGCUGCUCAACGACGGCAUCAGCGUGGUCUUAUACAAUAUGUUAAUUGCCUUCACAAAGAUGCAUAAAUUUGAAGAAAUAGAGCCUGUUGACAUUUUGGCUGGAUGUGCCCGAUUCAUCGUUGUGGGCUGUGGGGGAGUAUUUUUUGGCAUAAUUUUUGGAUUCAUUUCUGCAUUUAUCACACGUUUCACUCAGAACAUCUCUGCGAUUGAACCGCUCAUUGUCUUCAUGUUCAGCUACCUGUCUUACUUAGUUGCGGAAACACUGUAUCUCUCAGGCAUUCUAGCAAUCACAGCCUGUGCAGUGACAAUGAAAAAGUAUGUGGAAGAAAAUGUAUCCCAGACGUCCUACACAACCAUCAAGUACUUUAUGAAGAUGCUGAGCAGUGUCAGUGAGACCCUCAUCUUCAUCUUCAUGGGUGUGUCGACCAUUGGGAAGAACCACGAAUGGAACUGGGCCUUCAUCUGCUUCACUCUAGUCUUCUGCCAGAUCUGGAGAGCCAUCAGCGUGUUUGCCCUCUUCUAUAUCAGUAACCAGUUUCGGACUUUCCCCUUCUCCAUCAAGGACCAGUUCAUAAUUUUCUACAGCGGUGUUCGUGGAGCUGGAAGUUUUUCACUUGCGUUUUUGCUUCCUCUGUCUCUUUUUCCUAGGAAGAAACUGUUUGUCACUGCUACUUUAGUAGUUAUCUAUUUUACUGUGUUCAUUCAGGGAAUCACAAUUGGGCCUCUGGUCAGGUACCUGGAUGUCAGAAAGACCAAUAAAAAAGAAUCCAUCAACGAAGAGCUUCAUAUCCGACUGAUGGAUCACUUGAAGGCUGGCAUUGAAGAUGUGUGUGGGCAGUGGAGUCACUACCAAGUGAGAGACAAGUUUAAGAAGUUUGAUCAUAAAUACUUACGGAAAAUCCUAAUCCGGAAGAACCUACCCAAAUCAAGCAUUGUUUCUUUAUACAAGAAGCUGGAAAUGAAACAAGCUAUUGAGAUGGUAGAGACUGGCAUACUAAGUUCUACAGUGUUUUCUGUACCCUAUCAGGCCCAGAGGAUACAAGCGACCAAGAGGCUUUCCCCUGAAGAUGUGGAGUCCAUGAGAGACAUUCUGACACACAACUUGUACCAAGUUCGACAAAGGACCCUGUCCUACAACAAGUACAACCUUAAGCCCCAGACCAGCGAGAAGCAGGCGAAAGAGAUACUGAUUCGCCGGCAGAACACGCUGAGGGAGAGCCUGCGGAAGGGCCACAGCUUGCCCUGGGGAACACAGGCUGGUGCCAAAAACAUUCGCUACCUGUCCUUCCCCUACAGCAAGCCUCAGUCCGGGAGGAGAAAGGCAGGAGCCGUGGAGGCCACAGAUGAUGACAGCAGCGACCUUGGAUUUCCAUCCAUCAUGUUCAGUGCACAUCCCCAGUUGGGGUCACUUCGGGAAAGCCGGCUGGCACAGGAGGUGAUCCCCAUGAAGAGCUUACCCCAAGGUGCAGUGGCGGGCCCCUUCAACAAUGGCAGAGACCCUGGCCCAGGCAAGAGAGCGGUAGCACGGCCCAGGCCACUGUUCCUCACCUUGGACGAGGAGUUUGAGUCCGGGGAGGAGAGCGAGGAGGAGGCCUUGGCCCUCAGGGCCAGGUGGACAGCGGAGCGUGGACACAGCAGGGAACACUACCAGUCCUACAGCCCUCUGCUCCACAGGAAAUAGUGUUGCUCUCCACAUGACUGUUUCUGCUUUUCAUGAAUUCAUCUUCCGCUGUCAUGAAAGAGAUUUUCAGAUGGGAACUAUGGAGUUUGCUUUCUUGAAGCUACUGGACAUGUAUCUCUAAGAGACAGGAAGCUAUGGAGUUUGCUUUCUUGAAGCUACUGGACAUGUAUCUCUAAGAGACAGGAAGCUGUUUGGGAAAUUGGAACUCUCAGAGGGAGCCACAUUCCGAGGUGGGUAGUAACAGAAAUUGAGUGAGAUAACAAAUUGAGUCCCCAGGCCUUCCUAAGGUCACCCCGUUAAGGUCCACUGACCAUCUUAUGUACUGAGAUACAGCUGUGAUUGUUUGUGAUUCACAUUGUGUGUAUGUGCAACUUAAAACCAAGUAGAGCAGGGUGGGGCCUUUGCAGUCUCCUGGCUGAAACCAUGUGCUUAUGGAUAAAGGCACCAUGGCCAAGAGCCAUGGUGAGCUGUUCUCCCUCCAGUGAAUGUAUUUGUUUUUGAUUUUGGUAUCCAAUAUGCAGUAAUCCUAUCUCAAAAGAAAGGUGAAGAUUUUUAUAACAUUGCUGUAUCCAAUUGGCAACAGUGGCUGAUGUGAUGCAUACUACAGGAUUAAUCUCCCAAAAAUGGACUCACAGUCUAUUCUAUAAUUAUAAUUUUGAUUUUUAAAACAAAUAUUAGAAACACAGUGGUCGCAGAGUUUAACAACCAUGACAUGAAUUACAGAUAUUUAUUAGGUGUCCAUAGUAGCGUGGAAUAUUUUGCUAAGUUUGGAACUAUUCUUCAAUUUGUUUUUCCUCCUCGUUAUUGCCAGACUUUAUUUUUAACCGUACACUCCAGUUUGCCAAUUUUACCAAACUACUUUAUCUUUCCUCCCUUUUUCUUUCUCUUUCUCUUUCUUCUCUUCUAUCCAUUAAUAGUCACAUCUAAGGCUUUAUUUAAUGUGCCAGGUUAAUAACAUGAGAAUUAACCAAAUAUCCAGAUGAGUGUAUUCAUCUCUACCAUCCUCAACUGAUUUUUAAUCCUGCCCAUCUUUAAAGGCCUCAAUUGAAUGUUCCCUAGAUCUCCCCUGACCCCUUUUGUCCCUAGGGGUCCCCAUGAUUUGGGGAGUGUGCUGUAGACUUACUGGGAAAUAUGCUUCUGCAUGAACACAUGUGUUUAUUCUGGCAUCCCAAGGCACGAAGGACAAGGGACAGUUUGUUAAUUUUAAGUUUGAACCAUUUAUCUGUUGUGACAUUUAUCUCUUUGCUUUCCCUUUUUUGUAUGU